AUGGCACGCACCAAGCAGACAGCUCGUCGGUACGAAGGCAAGGCACCGCGUAAGGUCGUCCCGGCCAAGAAGGCUGUCAUGGAGGCCACGAUCAAGAAGAAGACCCAGCGCUACCGCCCCGGCACGGUCGCGCUCCGCGACAUCCGCCGGUACCAAAAGUCGACCGAGCUCCUCAUCCGAAAACUCCCGUUCCAGCGCCUUGUGCGCGAGAUCGCGCAGACCGUGCGCCAGGACCUGCGCUUCCAGGGCUCUGCCCUCAUCGCGCUCCAGGAGAUGGCCGAGGCGUACCUCGUCGGCCUCUUUGAAGACGCCAACCUCUGCGCCGCCCAUGCCAAGCGCGUGACGCUCAUGCCCAGCGACCUGUACCUUGCUCGGCGCUUGCGCCACGAGCGUUUUUAA